AUGGCGAACGUGCGGGAUAGCGACAUUUCUCUGUGGCUCCACAAUAAGCUUGGUACAUCAAACGAUUCAUGGAUAAGUGGUUCAAUUACGUCUCAAUUGAAUAAAGAAGUGCUUCGGAACAUCAAGGAGUGUUUUCCAGACUUACAGACCCAGGUUAAGCUGAAACUGCUGCUAAGUUUCUUCCAAAUUCCGCGACGGAUCGUCGAAGAGUGGAAAACUGAACUAGAGGAAGUAAUCGAGGUUGCUGGACUCGAUUCAGAGCUAUGGGUGUCAAUGAUAGCGGAAACGAUAAAAACCUUCCCGACCACAGGGUCUUUGAACACGGAAAUCUCAGACUACGAAGAGACGCGCCCAAUUUUCACAGAUAUGGUCAACGAAUUGCGGCGGUUGGUAGUGAAAAAUGCCGACCUCGGUAUGCUCCCACUGGAAUGUCAGUAUCUGAACAAAUCGACGCUUGUUUCCGUGGUCGGACAGCAGUCAACGCCAGUGAAACAUUUUACGUUAAAACGUAAGCCGAAAAGUGCAGCCUUACGUGCGGAGCUGCUGCAAAAGUCUUCCGAUGCACAGAGUUGCCUCAAGAAGAUAUCUGCACCAACAGUGCCUUUACGGUCGCGUGGCAUUCCACGUAAAAUGACCGACACGACACCGCUUAAAGGUAUCCCAUCACGCGUACCUACCGGUGGCUUUCGUUCUCCUCCGACUACACCAGGUCAAACUCGGCCGGCAAUGAGCCGAACGCCAGCCGGUAGGAAGGAUGGAGGUAUCAAACUGCUCGAGAUCGGAGAGCAACCGCUAGGCUAUGCGGCAGCGAAAAAACGCAAGCGAGAACAGGAGAAAGAAGAACAGGCAAAGAAGGUGGCGGAACAACAAAGUCAAAGUGCAAAUGAUACGAAAUCGACCACAACCACGCCGUCUACAUCAAGCCCAACUGUUACGACAACGCCCGAUUAUGCGGCAGGUUUGUCUGCACCCUCGACAGUGUACAGUCAGCCAGCAACACCAAUGCCUGCCACGUCUGGCAGCAAGGAUGUAUCCUCUAGCGUGAUGUCGACGUCUGUUGCCUCUAGUACAUCGCAAGCCCAAGUACAACAGCCACAACCGCAACAACAGCAACCAACACCAGCCCCCCAGACGCUUCAGCCAGCACAGCGGCAGUCGCAACAAACGCAACCGACAAUAACAACUUCUCAGCAAUCUCAACAGCAGCAAACGUCCUCUCAGACAACAUCCGCUGUGGUCGAUGAGGAGGAAGAGGUUGAGAUGAAAGACAUAAAACCGGAAUCCAUUAGCUUAACAACGCCCGUUACUAUACCGGUUAGUGCUGUGCCAAGUGUAAGUUCGGCACCACCUCCAUUGGCCUAUCCUGCCACGAAAACAAUAUCAGCUACGGUCAUCAAAACGGAACCCAGUGGUGUUGGGGCAGGUACGGUUGGCAGUUCUAUGGUAACGUUGUCAUCGCAACCCCCAUCGUUGGUACGAACUGUUCCGUUGACACCUAAACAAGCCAAAACGGUACUGCAGUCGCAAUCGGGAGCGACAGGAGGUGUUCAGAUAAUUCAAAAAUCCACAGGCAAAACGAUCAGUGCGGCUGCUGCAGCUGCUGCAGCAGUAACGAGCACAAGCAACACCAAUGCACAGCAGAAAAUAGAAAUCAUAUCGUCUGAAUCGAUCGUACCCGGAACGUUACAUGCUUCCAUUCCAAAAUCUACAACCAUCAUCAAUCGUGGUGGAAAUAUAUUGUUCACUACGAAGCAGGUACAGCCUGGCACGACAACAGCUGCCGGGGGAGCUACAAUAAUACAGCAAAAAACGCCACUUACUUCGUACGUGCUUAACACGACCUCGCCCGGAAAACAGCUCAACAUUCAGCGAAUAGUUUCGAACGCGAGUUCCGCCGGCACUCCAAGUUUGACUACAACCAUUUCACGGGCUCCGCAUCAGCAGCAACUGCUGCAGCAGCAAUCGCAACAAAUACAAGUCCAGGGACAACAGUCAGCUACACAGCAGACUAGGAUUGUGCAAAUUAAAACGGCUCCAACUGUGUCGCUUAACAACAACCAGUUGAUGCAAAAUAUUCCACCACUUAUAUCUACCCAGAUUCCGGCCGGUGCAACUCAGCCAACGAUACUAAACAUUCAAUCCAUGCAACAACAGCAAGGACAGCAGAAUCAGUUACAAAUUACCCCGACAGCAGUGCCCCAGAAGCGCACGAUCACGAUUACAGCACAAAAUCCGCCGACGGCUGGUAUGACAACCUCCGUGGCACAAAUUCUUCAACAUCAGCAACAGCUGCAGCAGCAACAACAACAGCAACAGCAACAACAAGCGCUGCAAGCUACUGCUGCAGCUGCGGUCGGUCAACAACCAAAGUACACGCAAGUGGUGAUGCCGCCGAAUGUUAAGGGAAACACCUACUACGUAACGAAUGCGGCAAAUGUUUCGAAUGUGCUGAAUCAGAAAGGAGUCAUCAUACAAACGGUCGACGCAUCGGGCCACACGGUAUAUCAGCAGAUUCCGUUACAAAACGUUUCCGGAUUGAGCGGAGCCACAAUACUGACGGGACCGCCAGGGCUGAUCAAAACGGAAUCGGAAACAAAGCUGAGUCAAAUUCCUGCACUUGUACCAACUAGCUCGUUGCAUCAAAAUAUACCCGCUCUAACUCCCGUCGUGAUUCAACCCAGCGGAGGACAACAGCAAGGCACUACCGUGGUACAGCAGCAACAGCAGCAAGGUGCAACCAUACCGGCACUGAUAACGAAUAUUUCACAGCAGCAGGUCCAACAGCAGCAACAGCCGCAGGUGAAGCAGCAGGUGAUUUUCCGACCUGUCGGAGGAACAAACAAUGUUCAAACAAUCUUGCCGCAAGGAAUCACGCUUAUUCAGCGACCCGGCGGCCAACCAAAGCUAGUGCAAACGAUUCAACAAUCGACCGGUGCUGGUCAGCAGCAGCAACAGUUGCUAAAAGCGGCCACCGCGGCAGGGCAGGCAGGACAACGUACAAUCAUUACGCAAAUACCCCAGCAGCAGCAACAGCAGGGACAGCAACAGCACACGAUUCAGUUCCAGGCCCCGGGAACACAGCGUACAGGCGGCACUACCAUUCAGCUAGUCCAGCAACCGCAACAGCAAGGUCAAACCCAACAAAUACAGGUGCAGCGUGCUCAAUUGAAGCAGGUUCAGCAGCAACAACAGGGAACUACGGUUACGAUACAGUCUCAAGGCAGUGGUCAGCAACAGCAGUCACAACAAGCGCAGCAGCAACAAGCGGGUGGAAGGAAAGGGCUUUCAAUAUCCAGCAAGUAUUACAUGGAAGCACACGACAUGUUUAAACGGGCCAACUGCGUGUCAAGAUUAGAGAAGGCUAUAAUUAUCGGUUUCAUGGCUGGCUAUCGAAACAAUCCUAGGCCUUCACCGGAAAACAUCGUCACCAUAAAAUUAAAUGAAAGUGUUGAAAAAGUGCACCAAGACGAUAGGGCAGCUUUGAUGCUGGUAGAGUCGCUCAUCACGCUCGACUACAACACGGGUCAGUGGAGAACAUUCCGAAAGUAUCGUGAAGUUGACCAAUCGCAACAGCUUGCAGAAAGCGUUAGCAGCGACACAACGGCGAGUGGUGCUGCAAAUACUGCUACGAGCGGAGGCAGUGGGACGGCUGCAUCCACUGGGCAACAAAAUUCAGUAGUUAUUUAA